GACGGAUCAGAACAGCGCUGUGAAGGGAAAAAGAGAGUCACCUAUGGGUAUGCCAUAUACCGGGCCCAGGAAAAGAUAGCCACAGGACGCGGGUCUCUCCACUCGCUUUCACAUGUUUUCGAUGCCGAAGCGAUUGGGGCAUGUAGAGCACUUCAGCACGCGGCUCAGAUAGCAAGACCAACAGAUGCGGUUUAUAUGUGUAUAGAUAGCACUUCAGUA